ACAAUACUAAUCUUACCAUGUACUUGACUUGUCAUGCUCCGUAUCUUCAGAGGUCUCAAGAAGUUGAGGCCCGGCCAGAAAAUAGCUCCAAUAUCCAUACUCUGUCGAGGUGAAUCGGUCAAUCGAGAAGCCCUUUUUGCAUAUGCCAAUGGCCGUUUUCUUGUCGACGAGCAACUUCAAUUUGACCGACGUUUCUUGAAAUUCAAUGUAGAUGCCCUUUGUGACGUUGUUGCCGCCACUGAUGUGGAACCGUCUCCGAUCGCAGCAAUUGAGAAGAGGGAGGGAGGUUUCAGCAAGGCUCUAUUGAUGAAAAAGAAAAAUGGAAAGGAAGUCCUUGCAAAACUUCCAUUGCCCCUUGCUGGGCCACCAUCUCUCGCAACUGCGUCUGAAGUGGGUGUUUUAGAAUACGUGAGAAAACACACAAAUAUUCCGGUUCCCCGAGUGCUUUCCUGGUCCUCAGAUAGAUCCAAUCCUGUCGGCUCUGAAUACAUAAUCAUGGAGAAAGCUGCAGGGAUUCCACUGUUUCAGCAAUGGGGUGUGAUGAAAGAAUUCGAGAAACUGGAACUCAUAAAGAACUUGACCAGACUUGAAGCCCAGUUAUCGGGUAUCUCAUUCCCCUCUUAUGGCAGUUUAUAUCUUCGAGGGUCUGCAAGGCAUUCCAAACAUCACAUACUCGAUGAGAGUAUUGAUCCGUCCAACUCAUUUUGUAUUGGUCCGUCAUGUGAUCGUUCAUUUGACUCUAAUACUACCUCAAACUUGACUUUGCCACGUCAAAGUUUUGACUCGGGGCCUUGGAAUACAAUAUCAAGCUUUGGAACUGCAAUUGCAAAGCGAGAGCUGUCCAGGCUCACAACCGGACGCUUGAACAGACAGCCAAUAUUCUAUCAUGGAACCAUGGAGGAACAGACCCAACUCCUAAAAUUCACAACAGACAUUAUGCAGAUGUUGGACUUGCAUCCUAUAUUACGCCAAGUUUCUCAGCCCACUCUAUGGCAUACCGAUCUGCACAUGGGAAACAUUUUCGUUGCGCCCGACGACCCAUCACAGAUAGUAUCACUUAUCGAUUUCCAAUCGAUAUCUGUGCUUCCAUUAUUUCUUCAGGCCCAGUGGCCCAUAUUUGUCAAACCCCCACAGAAUUACGUGAAAGGACUCGUGCACCCAAAACUCCCAGACGAUUUUGACGACCUAGAUAAUGAAAGCAAAACCAUUGCUCUACAAGAGUGGUCUCAGGCGAAACUCGCAAAGGCGUACGAAGUCUCCAACUAUCUCGAGAACAGACUUGCACAUAAUGCCAUGAAUAUCCCUCGCGUUUUUCGAGAACUCUUUAUCCGGUGUGGAGAAAUCUCCGACGUCGGAGUCCUUCCGCUCCGAGAAUGCCUUAUUGAAAUAUACCAGAAUUGGUCGAAUUUGGGCUUUACAAGACAAUGUCCGUUCAAGUUCAGCGCGGAAGAAAUAUCUUUGCACGAACAACAAUUCGCUGAAUAUCAAUCCUGGCACGACGUCCAAACAAUGGCUCAGGAAUGUCUAGAUACAGAUGCCGAAGGGUGGAUAGCUCCGCAAAUUGACAUUAUGAAGAAAAAGAGACAGAAUAAGGAGCUCUUGUCCUUGUAUAUUGAGCACAUGGCAGGAGAGAAAUCACCUGAAGAAGUAAAGAAGAUGUGGCCAUUUCUCGACGAUACAUGAGUACUGGACGCAAGGUCAGCAUACGACACAGGGUACUUUUCGUGUAUAAAAGGCAACAUUUCUUGUCGCUGGAACUCCACUACAGGUCAGCGCCUCAUUCGCCCCGGGAACUGGUUAGGUUGUGGGGGCUGUCGCUCGAUGAGAUAUCGUAUUUUACCCUGCGUCUUCUGCGUUAAGAUGACGUCAGACAUAAGUCGUCGUUCUUGGCUUGUGGAAUAGUUUCUUGUCGUAUGCGGGAGAAUUUCUUGGCUGUGACGUGA